CGACGCAACAGUGGUAUAAAAACGCCGUAAGGAGAUGGAGCAUCUUUUAGUUCUCAUUUGAAUUUUCACCUGACCGCUAUAGCCACUGCCAUUCUCGGGGGAAACGGAUCGCUGUGUGGGUGUGUAUGUGUGUUGUUAUAUUACGUUAACGCAUCGGGCGCGGUUUGAGGAUUUACGAACUGUGUGAAUUACUAACCUCUGACGAGGGUGUGAAAAAGUGAUCACAAGGACUGAGGAAGUGCGUGAGUGUGCAUUUCAAGGAGCACUGCAUCAAGUGCUUCAACUGAUUACAUAAGGAUACAACAGCAACAGCCGAGAAGGCGACAAAAAUGAAAUUUCACCUUCUGGCAAUCGUAUCACUGCUGGCGGUCUGUCGGGCGGACAUUCCGUUGCUGGAACUCGGACAAGACCAGGAAGCAGCACAGGCGGCACAACAGUUCAGGAAUGUGAUCGAACCAAGUGAAUCGGAAAACGUUUUCAGAGGAUACUCCAACGAGAAACCGAUAGUUGCAUUCGAGCCAAAAUGCGAAGGAGGACCGGAUGUUUGUGGUUACCCAGAUGGUACUCCAUCGUGUCCGUGGGAGACGCGAACAGUUACGAAAACGGCUACAGAAACCGAGACCAUAGUAUCGACCGCAAUUCAGACGAAGAUCCAAAAGGAAACAGUUACACAGACCAUUCCGACGACAGUGACGGAAACUACAACCAGUGUUAGGCCGUUCUGUGGAAACACCAAUUCCUAUCUUCCUCCGGAACCAGAUGUAACUACUACCAUCAGACCUAAACAAAGCACCACAACAGUAACAUUGCCUCCUACAACAACAACCAUUACUUCUCGUGGAUCUCCAAUUGCUACGACUCGUACUAUAACUCCAACGACUACGAUCGUCAUCAGCCAAACUCCUUUCGUUACGAAUACUCGCACUGUAACUCCCACCAUUACCAGUGUUUUCACUGCCAGCAGUACUUCGGUCACGAGGACCAUCACACCAACGUCCACCUUUUUAUCCUACUUGCCGUCAGUGUCCAUUACCCGAACUAUCACUCCGACAUACACCAGUUUGGAGUACCUAGAUUCGGUUACACUUACACGAACCAUAACUCCCACGUAUACAAACCUUCAAUAUUUACCUUCUGUAACUAUCAAUCGAACGGUGACUCCCACAUCCACGAGUCUGUUUUACCUUCCAUCGGUAACAGUAAACAGGACGGUGACUCCAACAAGUACCAACGUCUUCUACGAGCUAGCGGCAACCAUCAACCGAACUGUGACUCCCACCUCCACCAACGUAUUCUAUGCAGUAUCUGUCACCAUUAAUCGAACCGUUACACCCACAUCAACUAGACUCUCCUACCUGAAUUCGGUAACCGUAGACCGUACUAUAACUCCCACAUCGACCAGACUGAUCACACUAGACUCAACAAACACCCAAACCAGAACGAUUACACCGUCCUUCUUCGUUCAGGAAACGGCUGCCACACGGACAAUCACCAGAACCAUCACGCCAUCGUUCGUUGUCCAGACAACUGAACCGACGACAACCGUUACCAGAACAUUGACUCCAACCAACGUGAUCACAACUACCGCCAGUACCACCAACACCAUCACCCGUACGGAAACACCACGAGCGACCAGCACCACUACAAUCUCGGCUCCAGUACUGACCAUCACCUCCCGAGGAACGAAAACCAUCACUAUAACUCCAUCGCUCGAAGUAACCCCAACCAUCUACUCCACCGUUACUCUGCCUCCCGCUUCACAAACCGUUUGCAAGCCCGCCAAUGCCUACCUUCCAGCACCAGGGGAAGUCACCUCCAUUCGCACCGUAACCGUUACAGAACGACUAACGGAAACGGUCAUCACCUGUACUCCAACGAAUGCAUACCUCCCGGUCGAGGCAACUGCCACCGUCAAGCGAUCACCGCUUAAUCUCGACAUCAUUCCACCGGAACCGGAAAGAUUCAACCUGAUCUAGACCCCUAGUAGUGAUAUCGUAUGAACAAGAAAUACUCUGUCCCGUUGUUGUAGUAGUAGUAGUAGUAGUAAGUGAGAUAUGCCAGAAGCGAAGCUUCUCUUUCCGAUCUUUCCUCCGAAAGCUGGUGCUGUCCAUCCAGAUUUUCUUUCUUCCUUACGCGAGAUAAAACAAAUACUCAACAUUUCACUGUUGAUACAAAGUUUAACGCUGUGUUAGCAAUAGAUUUUGUUCGUUCAUUGUAGUGUAAAUAAAUUAAAAAGGCUGCCGCAGCCAGUGCGCUGUGCUGACAUGUUGCGACGAAAUGACCAAAAUAAAUAUGAAGAUAGCCAGCCGGAUAAUGAGAGCAGUUUUCAUCCGAGAAACGAUACCAUAGAAUUUAACGAAAGCUUGCUGAUGAAUAGUAACCCAACAUGUGUUCAAAACGAAGGCACUUGAAAUAAAGACUUCAUGGUUGUAUUUUUGAA